CAGGACGCGCCGGGAGGAGCUGGGGGUGAGGGUGAUGCGGGGGCCGGCGCCGGAGUCUGGGAUUAUCCCGGCGGUGGCGACCUAGUGCUGGACCUGGCGGCGGUCCCGUGUACCCCGGCUUGUGUGCGCGCCCGCUGCUCUGGAUCCCCAAGGCCGAGGCGCCGGAGGCUGCGCUAGGCCUGUGGGGUGGACGGAGGGAGGCCAGGAGGGCGCGGGCGUCCUGUGCGCAGAGCAGGCGUGAGGGGGCUGGGGGCCGAAACGCCAUGUCCAUGGAGGACCCCUUCUUUGUGGUGAAAGGAGAGGUACAGAAAGCAGUCAACACUGCCCAGGGAUUGUUUCAGAGAUGGACAGAACUCCUCCAGGAUCCCUCCACAGCAACAAGGGAAGAAAUCGACUGGACCACCAACGAACUAAGAAACAACCUCCGGAGCAUAGAGUGGGAUCUAGAGGACCUUGAUGAAACUAUCAGCAUAGUUGAAGCAAAUCCUAGAAAAUUCAACCUCGAUGCAACUGAGUUGCGUAUAAGAAAAGCCUUCAUUACAAGUACUCGGCAAGUUGUCAGGGACAUGAAGGAUCAGAUGUCAACUUCAUCUGUGCAGGCAUUAACUGAAAGAAAAAAUAGACAGGCAUUGCUAGGAGAAAGUGGUGGUCAGAGCUGGAGCACUGGAACGACGGAUAAAUAUGGACACCUUGACCGAGAGCUGCAGUUAGCCAAUUCCCAUUUCAUCGAGGAGCAGCAGGCACAACAACAGUUGAUUGUGGAACAGCAGGAUGAGCAGUUGGAGCUGGUCUCUGGCAGCAUUGGGGUGCUGAAGAACAUGUCCCAGCGCAUUGGAGGGGAGCUGGAGGAACAGGCAGUUAUGUUGGAUGAUUUCUCUCAUGAGUUGGAGAGCACUCAGUCUCGGCUGGACAAUGUGAUGAAAAAACUUGCAAAAGUGUCUCACAUGACCAGUGAUCGGCGCCAAUGGUGUGCAAUAGUCGUCCUCUUUGUAGUCCUGUUGGUGGUGCUGAUCCUCUUCCUUGUGCUGUGAUGGCAAGGUCCUGGGUGUGAGUUCCUCCUGCACAUGAACCUGAGAGGAGGAGAAGCAAGCACGCACCAUGCUGCCGCCUACUCGCUCACAUUCCUCUCCCGGAAACAUGCCGCUGCACUGACUCUCUCCUUGUGACCCCACAAUUGAGACAGCUCCUCCCUCCCAGCACGGGAAGGGCCCUUGGGGAGAGGAAGUGGAGGACUGCACACGACUGGCACUGGCUGGACAACAGAAGCCCCGUGCUGCCCAUCCUGCUUUGCCUCCCUAGACCUUGUCUCCUGUGGAAGGAACUCUGAGGAAUCCAGAAAAAUCAGUCAACCUGGCUAGUGUUUUGCUCUUGCUCAUUCCAUGCCUCUGUGGCAGCUGUUUUCUCCUGCUCACCCCCUUCCCACUUUCAGACAUUGCUGCACCAGUGUCCUGUCAGAAAGGAACCUGUCAUGAAUGUGGGGUUCUGGAUAUGUUUCAUUUCCCACUGCUGUAGUAUUUCUUAGUCCCUGAUUGCUGAUUUUUAAUGGGGGUUAGAAGGCUCAGAAGCAGUUUAUGACCAAAAAUGCAGUGAUUUAUUUUUCAGGGGUAAGUACUAGGAUAAAAUUGCUUUUCCCGGCACAUUUCAUGUGGUAGAAAUAACUAAUGGAGAAUGAGGAAAAGUACUGGGCUUUGGGGGUGCUAACAACUUGUGCCUUUAAUUGACAGAGGAAAGAGCAGCAUGGCCCUGAAUUUGCACAGCACUGGGAAGGGUUGAUGAGGUCCCUGGAGGUCAAAGCCAGAGGCUGGCUGCUUUUAUAUGUCGUCCCAGGGCUUCCCCCCGAGAAGUGCAACUUGCACUUUUAGGAAGACCCUUAAAUAUAUGGCUGCUGAUCAGCUCAGCAGUGUCCUUACAUGAAUUAGGAUACUGGACUAUCUUUAUUGCCAGUUAUUUUAUUCCUGUGGUCCUCUACAUUGUUGCUGGGUGAUAUGGGGGAUUGGGAAUUGGUCGUACAUUUAGUACAUUUUCUUGGAAACGAUAAUGACAAAAGGCUCGCUCUGGACCAGGCUCUUCUCCUGUGAGUAAUGGUGAGGAUGGGUAGGUGGACUUGGUUCUCUUUUUCCCUAAGAUGACAACUCAAUUUUAUCAUCCAUUCAAAUAACUGAGCCAAUCCAAAUUUAAAUAACAGAUGCUUUGAUUAAAUUUAAAUAGCUGAAACUGCUGAGACACUGACCUUUAAGCUUCUGAUUGCUUUUUAAUUGCCUCAGACGUGCACAUAUAUAUAGGAUAUUUUUGUAACUUUCCUGAUGAGCUGAUGAAUAACCUGGGAGCAGUUGAACCCAGAGCCAUAGCCUGCUGGGAGAGGGUGCGAGUCUCAUCUCACCAUUUUGUUUUGUACUUGAAAAGAACAGCAGCAUCUGGAUAAAGUUCUAUCUUUGACUUCUUCCCAUUUUUGGGUGCAUUCCUCAGUAUGCUUUUUUUUUUUUUUUUAAAACUUUUUUCGUUUUCUUAUUUGUAUUUCUCAGAUUUUUGCUUUUGGGUUUUGUUUUGUUUUGUUUGGUUUGGUUUGGUUUUUUUUCCCCCUUUUUUGUAAUUGGCAAUGGUGUGCUUGCUCGGCUAACUUGUGAAUUGCACUUUUUAAUAAAUAUUUGUAACAAUUUUUUUAAAAGGAUAUUUUCUCGUUUAGAGUCAUGGUAGGUAAGGAAAUCAGUCUUCCUGUUGAUGGCGCUAAAAGCAAAUUUAUAAAUCUAAAGGGGUGGUUGGCAUCCAUGUUUACACUCAAUUCCAUUUGAUAUAUAAAUAAGUUAUUUUUUUUCCCAAAUUAGCAAAAAAAAAAAAAAAAAAGAUUACAAAGGGCUUCUGAUGUAGGGUACUUGAUUAUUUAUGUUUUAUAAAAUUUUAAGACUUACAUUGCCUUCUAUAAGCUUGGAGCAGGUAUGGUCCUUAGAUUUCAUUAAAAAAUAGAAGUCUUUUGUUAAAAAUAAAUGUGGACCUGUUUCUGUGCUGUAUUCUACAGUCUCCCCAUUACAGGAAACAGCCAGUGUUUUAAGGAAUGAUAUGAUUACCCUGUUUAAAAGUUGUGCUGGUGUCCUGCUCUUACCAGACUGACUGUACACUGGGCCCUGCUUGAAGGAUGCCUGGUCAUUAAUGAGUAAGAUGUUCCCGAUAGUUCAGGGCCCAGUUUUAUGACCCCAAAGGCUUAAUUCUUAAAAUUUUGGAUAUGUUUAGAAUCCACAUGCUGACCUCGCUGAUUUAAGGUGUUUGCUAAUGAGUGUGGCUGUUGUAGACCAGAAUCAGGGUGACGUUGAAUAGGAAAAGAUUGAAAAAGAGAAAGAUUACUUAAAAUUCAGGCACCGUAUGGUAUUCUGUGCUCUCUCCUGCCUCCAAGGAGCUGUUCUUUGAUUUACUCGGCAGAAUCAGCCUUUCCCUAACUGAUUUCUGGCCAAGCCUACUUGGUCCUGGGUCUGUUCCUGGUGUCCUCUGACUGGGCCGUCACUACAGAACUAGUGAUAAUUUGAAGGCCCUGCACUCAGGCACCAUACCAAGGCUGGGUUUUCUUUUAAGGACAGAUAUUUCCCUAUCAAUGAUGCUAACGGUACCAGGCUUUGGAGGGAAACUUCCCCCUGCCCUGUGGAGAGUCAGUACACAGCAGUGACUCCCGUGCUCCCUACAGCCCAUCCUUGCAUAAGGCGCAUAGUUUUUCCUUCAGCCUUUUGCACCUAGUCCCACAUUCAUCGUUUUAAAAACACCUGGCAGAAUGUGAUGGAUAACAGAGAAAGAGCUCAAUUUAUGUUUAUUGGAAGAGCAUUUUACUUGUCAGCUGAUUUGGGGGAUAGGAUGGGAAGUGAACAUGAAGCGAGUUUGCCAGAGUGUGACUCUAACUGCAAAAAUAGUACCUUUUGUCUUAGUCCUAAUUUUUUGGUCUUGCCUUUGUGUAGGCUGUGAAAAAUCAAAUGCAGUGCUCUAUACUGUGUGGCAAUUGGAAGUUGCAAUGUGUGUGUUACAUGGAUCUUCCACAAUUUCAGAAUUCAUGCCAGAGCUGAAGCAGGAGAAAUUGGUGACUUGCCCAUUAUUCCCUACUUUUAGCCAGAGUUAAACAGACUGAUGGGUCUGGUAGCCAACGACUUGGCAACUUCCACUCCUUCUCACCUCGUGAGAUUAAGGGCUGUGAAAAGAAAUCUAGUCUAACUGCAACAGAAAUCUGUCUCUGUUAAGUGUUUUACCUUCUGUAAUUAAAGGCAGUGGAGCCAAGAUUUUUCUUUUGGUAAUUUCCCGGUUAUAAAAUAAGACCAGAGGGACAUCUAUUCCUUAUUAACCUUUUAGAGAAUUCAUAGCAUUUGAAGAUCUAAAAAUGGAAUGACAAAUAGGAGUUGCUUUUCAAUGCUGUGGACUUUGGACUGUCUGGCUUCACCUUGUACCACAGGACGAAUUUGCAAAUGAAACGAAAUCGAGGCUGUCUGGAAAGCUAACGUUCUAAAAUUUGGAAUGCACUACCUCUAAUUCUCCCUCCUUGCCUUCCUCUCUCUGGCAUUUCUUUCCCUCCCAGGGAAAAAGAAUGUUCUUUGCCCACGAUAAGUAGCAAGAAGGUGAAACCAGAGGGUUCUCAGAUCUAAGGCCAGUGGGGCAGCCGGAUGCACAGCAUUGCGGGCCUCCCAGGGCCUCCACGGCUAAUUCCCAGGAAGGUCAGUCAUACGGAUGGCCAGAGAGAAUCUGGGUGUCUUUCUUUAAUAUCCAGCCUUCAAAAAAAUAUGCUUAAGAUUAUGAGGUCUUGUCAUUAGGCCCUCGUGGGUCUGUUGUAUGUAAAUGCAGAUGCUGUUCUCACUGGGAAGGUGUGCUGCUCGUGUGAGAUCCAGAAAACCCAGCGAGUUGGGAGCACAGCCCUCCAGUCUUGAACAGUGCUGCUGCUGGGUCACCCCAGGGUGGGGGUGAAACUCUAAAAUGGCUGAUUUCGGUAGUUACCAUCCGUACUCUUAGAGGGGCUGCAGAUCGUUUUGCUCAAUCCUCUUCUUUUAGAGAUGAAACAGUUACAGCUCCCCCCAUCGUGCGUGGCAGUCAUUCGGGGCAUUGCUUUCUGGACUAGGCCGCUGGGAGCCGGCACGCUCUCUGGGACGGGCUAAGGCAUUGAAAGCUGACCUCGGUGACCUAAUUUAGGGUGGGCUGAAAGUAGGUUGAGUUGUCUGCUCACUUCUCACCCCAGGCAAUUUGAUAUUUUUUGCCCUUUAAGCAACACUGAAACUCUGAAAGUUAUUGUGACACCCUGGACAGGUUGCUUGCUCUCUGUGUAUCUGAGAACUCUUUAUUCUACACUAGUGUCUGUACUAAUACCGGUAUUUGAGGGGAGAGAAGGAAAAAAAAAGAACUUGGUUUUCCUUGGACAUGAGCUAAUAUGUUGGUGCUAUUUUCCUCCUGAUGUGACCUUUGCCCAGAAAUGGCCUUCCCUGCGGCUGUGUGGAUGGUGACUGCGCUUAGGUAGUGAGUGCCCUGCCUGCCCACCCUGCUGCUUGGGUUUCACACGCACAUUUCAUGGACCUGGUUUGCCAACUGCUGCCAGGCCCUUGUGAGCAAAUGUAUUUUAUACGGUUUUGAGGUAUCGGACCUGAUAGCCACUUGUUAUUAAGGGGGUGUUAGAAAUAAGACCACCCAGCACUCUGCUCCAGCCAAGCAUCUGUCAGCCCUGGGGUGGACCGAGUUCAGGGCUCUUUCCCGCUCUGUAAAAAGUAGGUUUCAGCUGAGACCCUGCUUCUGAAUGGCAGGUGCAGCUCUGCAGCCGGGGUCUGUUCCCGGAGAGGCAGGCCUCCUACUUAUUCCUCAGGAAAAUAAAAUAUGCGGUGCCCUGUCAGCCGUGUGGGGUGAGGAGAGGGCAGCCAGGUGUCCCACUAAUACAUACCUUUUUGGAACCACUUUCAAGUGCCACAUGAUUACUUCCUAACUGACCUGAACUGGGCUCAGCUCUCAAGAGAUGGACUUCGAUGUCCAAGAAAGGGCCAAAGAAGCCAAGCCAUAAAUGAUUAUGGAUUCAGUUUUUAUAAGUGAAAAUACACUUUCACUAGGGCUCACUUAUAAUGAAAAAUUAGAGUAAUUCAGAAAUACAAUGCUUAAUAUAUGGCAAAAUUCAGUAGGAAUAAACCAUGGUGGUUUUUCUCCCUCGGAUGAAAUCACUCUACGGCAUUUUAAUUUUAAAUAACUAGAAGGUACAAACUGAAAAAGCAAGAUCAAGCAUUAGAAUUUGGCAAAUGCCUGGAUGAUUUACAGAUGGUGCUUCCUCCCUGAGAAAGAGGACCAGAGCCCUGGGGCCAGAGUUUACAACCCUGGGCAGCGGGUUGAGUUUUGUUUCCUAUAUAUAAGUGUGGGACCAGCAGGCAGUGUCAGCAUCACUGGGAACUGGUUUGAAAUGCAAAUUCUCAGGCCCCACCCCAGAUCUACAUCAGAAACUCUGGGGAUGGGGCCCCCACCCUGUUUCACGCCUCUAGGGGGCAAGUCUGAGAACCCUGCUAAGGCACUGUGGAAUUUAGGCUAUAGUAACACAUCCUGUGAAAUAAAACAUCAUCCUGUGGCUUGAUUGUAACCCUGACAUUAAAACAAAAUUUGAUGAACACUAUCAACCUGAAAACUUUUUAAACCACUUGUGUAAAAAAAAAAUCAACUAGCCAUUCCUGAAAGUGAUAUUUUUACACCCUGAAGUCUUAUCAGUAAUGUUUCUUACUUCUGCUUUUGAAAUCGUGUUAAAAUUGUAUAAAGAAUACUGUUCAGUAUUAAAGAGAAAUGGAGAGACCA